AUGGGGAGCCAGCGAAGGGAUGUUACUGCUUGUCCGGAGGCUCGGGGGCUCCGACUGAGUGACCUGGAAGACCUGGAGGAAGAGGAGGAAGAGGAGGAGGCUGAGGAAGAGGAAGCAGUGGCCCGAGCCGCAGACCGGCUGGCAGAGUUCCGCAAAGGCGCCCCGGAGCCCUGCGCCGCCCUCCGCGAGCGGAGGCUGGAGCGCAGGGAGUGCGGUCUGCUGGCGCCCCGCUUCGCCUUCAGUGAGCCUCCAGGGCCAGGCGAGGUGGACUUCCUGGGGAUGGAACCCGGAGGGCCUAUGCUGACCACGCACUACGCGUGCAGCGAGAAACCGCGAAUCUGGUCGCUGGCGCACACAGCCGCGGCCAACGCUGUGGAAGGUGCACUCCCAACCCGGCCCAGGCCAAGAAGUCCUGAGUGCCACUUGAUUCCCGGACAGCCCCCAGGCUCGGGCGGGCGAUUUAUAAUCCCCAGUGACUCUGCGUGCGACGAGUCUCCGCGCACAGCCAAAGUCCUUGGAAAGGCCACGUUUGCCCUGCGGGAGCUGGCGCUGGGCUGUGCGCCCUGCCCGCAGCGGAGGGAGCCUGCGGUGCAGUGCCGGUACCCGUCUGGAGCAGAAGCAGGCUAGCGCAAUGGCUGCCACUCACAGAAGACUCUAAGACUUAAGCUCCGCUUCUCAGACUCAUCAUCUCAAUGCCAAGAAGCUGCACGAUGCGCCCAAGAAUCUGGGAGUCUUACCUGAAGAGACCAACACACAGAACCCUCCCAGCAGGGGUAGUGGUGGGCUUGCACCAUCUCAGAUCCCACAAGUGAUGGGAGAUUGGGAAAAGCCCAAGUGGGGCGUCCAAACUAAGGCUACCUCCCGGUCCCCUUCCCUCCCUGCGAAUCCGGACCUGGAGGUGCUUCUGCUUGCUCUUCCUCUGCCCUGCCCUUCAUCCUGCCGGCCUCCCCAACUCCCUCCCCAACUUCACUGCUUGCGAUUGUCCAGGUCCCCUAGGACCGCUUGUGUCUCCUGCCCUCCACCCCUGUGUCUUUAAAAGUUAUCAGAACAGAA